AUGUGGAAAUUUACGAAGAGUUAAAUAGCUGAUUUUAUUUAAUAUCGUUAAUAAUAAUUACCUGAUGGCUUUAUACAACAUGAAGAAAUGAGUAUCAUAGAUUAUCAUUGUUGUACUUAACUUCCAAAUUUAUUUAAGUAUGAAAAAAAUAUAAAUUUUACAUUGAUUUCUUAUGCUGCAGCAUUAUUUAAGCGAUAUUAUAUGAUAAAAACAAUUUUUGAAUAAUCUGAUAUGCAUUAGUUUUUAUUAUUUUGUAGUUAUUUAGGAAUGAAACUAAAUGGAGUAAAAAUAAUAAAUCAUAUAAAAAUUUUAGAUUUCUUAACAAUCUAUAGGAUUCCAUGCAUAAAAGUUAAAAAUUAAACCAAAUUUGGAGAGAUAUUAACAUUAUGGUGAUGAAUUUUAUGCAAAAAAUGAAUUGUUAUUAGUUAAAGCUUUAGGAUAUGAUAUCGAUGUAAAACCUAUUUACCCAAUAAUAUAAUCAGUGAUUUUUAUAUUUCAAAUAAAAGAUCUUUUAGAGUAAUCUCUAUUCAUUCGUUUUGAAAAGAAAAUAGAAGAAUAUUUUCUAAAAUCAUUUUAAGGGUUUACAAUAUUUACUUUUAAGGAAAGUGAAAUAUCAUUAGCAAUAGUUGAAUGCAGUUUAUAAUCAAUCUUUAUAGAGAUUCUUUAACCAAGUAUAACAUUGGAAGGAAUUAAGCCAUUGAAAUAAUAAUAAUUAGAAAAAAUGAAGAAAUAUUAAUAAGAAAAUUAAUAGAAUGGCACAUUAAUAAUAAAAUAAAUAGAUUAAAAAGAUAUAUCUAUAGAGAAUCAUUGUUAAUAAAUUUAAGAGGUAGUACAUUUUCUUUAAGAAAUUAAAGACAUUACAAAAGAAUUUGGAAAAAAUUAUGAACGCUAUAAAUAAAUAAAAUAGAAAAACUUUUCUCUUUCAAAAGAUGGGAAAUUAAUGGAAGAAAAAAAAAAAAUAGUUUUAAAUUGA